AUUCGAGGGUGUCAUGUCUGAUCAUUCGAAGAGUAAAAAGACUGGUGUACUUACAAACAUGUCCAUGUGCUCUGCCAUGCGGUUAUACUCCCGAAAUUCUUUCGCCGAGAGCUUUGGCAACGCAUCAGUCUGCGCUGUUGUAGUUGUAGCUGUUGUUGCUGUUGUUGUUUCUGAAGAACUGCCAGCGACCCCGCCAGGCCCAGUGGCAUCGCUCGUCUCGCGCUUCAUGCUAUUCUCGCAACAUCUUUCUUCCUCGGCCAUCUUGUCGGUUUGAUGCGUUUGAUAGAACUGACUCGGUCGAUACGGUCGAUAUGUUCGACACGUCUGAUACCUUUGGUACGCUUGACGAAGACGAUGAUUGUAAGUUUGCGACGCACCCGUUGAUCGAGGCCGUGCACGCUGUGAAAUCUGUGCAAUCUGUGCAACACACGGGACCUGCAAGACCCGUGAUAUCCCAAUCCGCAUCAACAACUCCGUCUCACUUUUGUCUUUUUCCCGUCCCUGUUCCCUUAUCUGUUCCCGUUAUCUUUUCUCUUUCUGUUCCUAUUUUCUUUUCUCUUUCUUUUUCUGUUCCCGUUCCCUUUCUGUUUUUCUAUUCCUUUUUCCGUUUGUUCUCUGGUUUUUCUCUUUCCGUUCCCCUUUCUGUUUCCGUUAUCGUUCCCGUUUCUCUUUCAGUGCCGUCCUCUCGCUGUCCGAUUUCUAUUAGACGCAACUUCACAUACACAAAAGGUUUAUCUUUCAAAGCCAAAGUCCAAAGUCGUAAAGCAAGUCUGUUUGUGGAAGCGCAAAAAAAAUCAAAUCAAAUCAAAUAUCCAAAAGGGCUCGAGUCGCGGGGCAGCUCAGACACUAUAUAAUCCUGCACGCAUCAGGCAUCAAAUCAAACUUCAGAAACA